AUGUAUCUCGUCAAGGUGAUUCUAGCUCUGAGCUUGGCGUCACUUGUACAUGGGCGUGGUUCAGUUUGUUACGAAACGGUAAUUCUCUUACUCUCGAUUCAAAAUGAGCGGCAGUUAGAAAUGAGCCAUCGGACUUAAAGCUUCAUAAUAUAGUUUAUCCCACUUACUUCAAAGAUCAAUUGCUGGGCUAGCGUUGAGAUGAAAUUCAAAUAAUUUUUUUAGGAAAACACUUCGGAUGGGUACGUAUACGCUUCGUUUGAUCGAUAUCUCAGGGUCGGAGACACCAUCACAGUCUACGCUUUCGUCAAACCGGGCUUCUCUUUGUUUAUUUAAAUAAAAAUGCCGCAUUUGGAAUGGCUUGAUGCAGUUGCGCUGCUUGCAGAAGUUUUUUUUGCGACUGCAACUUGUUGAGCCAUUCCCUACGCGACCACGAUCAAGAUGAAGUGAAAAAAUCAAACUGACGAUUGUUCAGGUCUUCUGUCUGUCUCUACGAAGGCGACUGUCUAAUUUCUGAUAAAACUAACAUAGCUAUAAUGAUAAUGCCCAAUUAUUAUAUGAAUCUAUUGUCAUUCGAUUCCUUCCUGGUAAGCGCUCAGGAACAUGUUCUCAGGCUUAUAGUCUGUUCAGAUUUUGAAUGUCAAGUCAAUGCUCAAGCUUCGCCCCUAACGGUGCGAUAAACCAAUCAGAGAGCGAGCCACUCACAGAGUGUUUUUGAAUGACGUCAUUGCACUUGACAUUAAAAAUAUGAACAGACUAUAUUUUAUCCCUCCUUUUCGCAAAAUCAAGAAAAAAGGGGGUUGAAGUUGAAUUUUAUUAAAAAUUCAGUUUUGCUAAAAAAAAAACUUUAGAACCUUCGCUGGGUCCAUUCUGAAUACGCGUUUAAUCCUAUAAGUGGGACAAACAGCUUCAAGAUGCGCAUCGAGUAAGUUUUUAAGAAGAGUUAUGUGGCAAACUAUUCAAAUCGGUCGGUUUGCGGAAAAUUUGAGUUAUAUACUAAAUACUUUUUGCUUGAAAAACUGAAGCGCAUCUUUCAAUUUCAAUUUUAAAAAAAUUAACUUAUUCCUGUCAUACCUGUGAAUAGUUUUUUGAUCAGACGACUUCUUCCAAAAUAAAAAGUUGGAAAUAAUGACCCUAAAUCAAUAAUCGUGGAAUUUCUCUGUGCAUUGCGGUUGGAAAUCGCUGACUCUAGGACGCACCUCAAGUUGCGAAAACCGCAAACGCUCGAAAAAAUGUUCAAAAAAAAUUGAAAUAAAAAGAGUUUCAGCGUCACAGAGCAAGCCUACCUAAUUUAUGUGGAUGACCGAUAUAUCUACAGUUUCGCACACCGUAACCCGUCCUACAGUGCAGUUAAAUCGCUACUCAUGGACCGUAUGCAGCUCAAUGGUCCGCUAACGUUAGUGUUUUUUUUAUUUAGCGAUUCUAGUUUUUUCAAAAGUAGAGCGGGGGGGCACUCUUCCAACAGGCCCAGCCCCAGGCUGCCGAGAUGCGUUUUGCAUUUUUUUUUUUUCAUAGUCCAUGCACCGCGACCGAAUGGUUUUCAAGUGUCUAAGUCCCUCUGUUCCCUCACCGGCAAGGUCAAAGAAACGUGAAAAUAGCGCGUCAACUAGAGAGGGUCGUCGAGAGACGAGGAGGGCGCAGAGAAGACACGAAAAACGGACUAUAUGAAUUUGUUCAAAAAAUGGCUCCUCUGUUUUUUUUUUGCUUUUUUUUUGAACCGAAUUAUUUCAAGAUAUUGUGGACGUGAUCACCUUUCUCGAAUAAGAUCGAACGACAGAAUGAACGUUACCAUUUCCAACAACAUUGUCCAAACCAAUUGUGAGCAUCUCUUCAUUUCCUGUUUGUCAACUAACUUUUUUCAGACUUCUCGUGA